UGAAAUGAAGUGAGAUAGAUUGCUCCGUGCUCAAUUUUAGCAUCGUCGCUCUAGUCCGUCGGCAAUCCCACGGUUGUCACUUGUCAGUGUCAGCUUCGGUCUCCGGCGAAAAGACCACUGCCUUCUGUUUCUCCCUCACAUCCUCUCUCCCUCCUUUCGCACAGGAAAAUGGAUCACUGCGACUUGCAAGCUCAGAGAAGGGAGAUGAAGCACAAGGGGAGAAACGUUGUCUGGUCCAUUGGAAUGGACAAGUGCCUGAUCGAAUCCCUAGCUAUUCAGGCUAGGAAAGGGAACAAGAUAGACAAAUGCUUCAACGAGAAUGCAUAUAGUGCCGCUUGCAUAGCUGUCAAUUUCUCAGUUUAACUUGAACUUGAACAAUCAGAAAGUUGUGAAUCGGCUUAAGACCAUCAAGAAAAGGUACAAGGUCAUAAGGGAUGCACUUAAUCAAGAUGGGUUCAGGUGGAAUCCUGGUACGAAGAUGAUUGACUGUGAAAGUGAGGAGCUUUGGAAGAGAUACAUUGCUGCACAUCCAGAUGCAAGAGGAAUUAAAGGGAAGCAGAUUGAUAUGUACGAAGAACUACAAGUCGUUUGUGGGAACUACCAAGUGCCUAGUAGUUGGGCUAAGACGAGAGACGGACAUUAUCAUACAAGAAGUUUUGAAGAAGACUCUGCUUCAUUCGUGUCGCCAAGUACAGAAGAUGCAAGUGACACUGAUGGAACCAACUCAUAUACAGUACCAGAAGAAGAAGAAGAAGAGUUUAUGCAAGAUGGACGUCAUCAAGAACCUUUUCUUCCACCACGACCGCCAAUUAUUCAACCUGUAAAGCAGCAGCUUCCCAAAAGACCAAGCAGCAGAGAGGCACUUCAGGAGGCAAUGCUGGCAAUUGCAUCGAGCAUCCGUCGUUUGGCCGACGCAGUUGAGCAAAGUAAAACGCCUCUAGAUUCGUCGGAACUUUUGAAGGCGGUGAUGGAGAUAGAUGGAUUGGAAGAGGGUAAGCAAAUGUAUGCCUUCGAGUACUUGAAUGCUGACCCUAUUAAAGCCAGAGCGUUCAUGACUUACAAUGUCCGAAUGAGGAAGGUCUUUUUGUUCCGUCAGUUUUGGUGGUGGAGAUGA